AUGGCGGACCCACCGGUGUCGGGUUUUGAUUUGUGCAAAGUAUUUAAGUAUCAUUCAAAUAUGAAAGUGCCGAAAAUUCUUAUCUGUAUUGUAUGUGAAAAUGUUUAUCAUGAGGGUGACUUUAAUAAAUACUCGAAGGGUAGAUACGUGAGUGAAAUGCUAGUUAUAUGUCCUAAUCAUGAGAGUGACAUCCUAACCAACAAAAACAAUGUAGAUUUGAAUACUUUCGAUGAUAAUGCUAGAGAAAUAAUUGCACAGAUCAAAUUGUAUCAUAAAGAGGAACUACGAAGUGAACUGUGCAAUAAUUUAUCAUUUAACUCGUCAAAAAACAAUCAUGAUACUACUGAUAUCAAUGAGCUGGAUGAAUUGUCUAUUGUAACCAAAGAUGGACCAAAAAAACCUGAGAGAGUUCCCAGUAUUUAUGUCAAACCAAAAAAUAAUAAUAACAAAUCUCAAACUCUUGCAAAAGUUAAAAGUAAAUUAUCUAGUGAUUUAGCAAUUCCCAUUAACAGAGUUAAAGAGAAUAAAGAAGGUCUGGUAGCUAUUAGCCAAGUUGUUGAACUUGAGCAUCUAAAACUUCCUAAAAUCAAGGUUAUUAAUGUUGAUACUGAUAUGUCUAAGGAGAAAUUGUGUGAGGAUAUUUAUAACCUGUCCUUUAGUGAUCAAAUAAGAAGUGAAAUUGUGCUUUACGUGUUUAAAAACUGGCAGAGAUUCCAAUGCUUUACCAAUCAGUUAAAUGGAGAACCUUAUAGUAAUAAACAUUCGUACUUUGAUGACAUGUCGAGGCCCAACACGUAUGGAACUCUUUGUGAAAUCAAAGCGGCGGCAGAAUUAUUUACAUAUGAGUUUCAAGUGUACCAACAUGGUCAUCUAAUAGUUGCGUUUGGAGAAGCAACAAAUGGAAUUAAAAGAUUAAGGUUUACUGGGAAUUUUAAUAAAGGUCACUUUGACGUUUUACUUCCAUUGACUGAACCCAUCAAUAACGGUGUUUCUCAAUCGGAAAGUAUUGAUAACGUUCAAGCAUCUUUCACUCAACCAUCACUUUCAUCAAGGAGAGGACAAAAACGGCGAAAAAGAUUUUCAGGUACAAUUAGGUCUAAACAACUUAGAAAAGCUGCUUCAAAAUAUGCGGUAAAUCAUAAAGAAGUUCAGAGAAAGGCUGUUAAAAAAUACAAAAAAAAUCAUCCUGAGAUCCAAAAAAAAGCAGUUCAAACGACUAAAUUAUUGCCCUGGACUUCUAAGUGUUUAUCUGGUUUUAAAUACAAUUGUCAAAUUGAUUAUUCCAAUGACAAAAUUGUCAAUCUUGGUCCCCGUUCUCCUUGCCAAUGGUGUAAUGCUUUGAAAUGGAAAGAUGAGACUCAAGGAAUGUGCUGCAGUAGUGGUAAAGUUCAACUUUCUAAGCUUGGCCUCCAUCCUGAACCUUUACACAGCUUAUUGACUCAUCAGGAUCCAUUGUCAGAACAUUUUCUAAAAAAUACCCGUAAGUAUAAUGGAUGUUUCCAAAUGACAUCUUUUGGAGCCAAAGAGGUAAGAGAAGGAAAUUUUAUGCCAACUUUCAAAGUUCAAAGGCAGGUUUAUCACAGAAUAGGCAGCUUGAUGUCUGAACCUAACCAAAAGCCUUCUUUUCUUCAAAUAUACUUUGUUGGUGAUGAAUGUCAUGAAAGAGACAUCCGUUGUGGAAUUUAUCCUGGCGUUUAUCCGGAAUUAGUUCAUCAAUUGCAGAAGUUGUUAUAUCAGCAUAACAAAUAUCUUAAGGAUUUUAAGGCUGCAAUAGAUUCAAUUCCUAAAGAUCAAAAAGACUUCAAAGUAAUAAUUAAUGCUGACAGAAAACCGGCUGGAGAACAUAAAGGCCGUUUUAAUGCUCCUCAGGCAAAAGAAGUUGCAGUUCUCAUUGUCGGACAGGAUUUCGAAAAAAGAGACAUUGUUCUUCACAGUAGAGACAAUAAGUUGAUGCGAAUUAGUGAAACACACCGCUCAUAUGAUGCUUUACAAUAUCCUUUGAUGUUCUGUUAUGGAGAAGAUGGCUAUCACAUCAAUAUAUCUAAGCGUGACGAGACGACUAAACUGCCUCUCGAUAAGACAGUAUCUGCUUCAGAAUUUUACAGCUUUAGGAUUAUGGAGCGUGAGAAUGAAGUGUGCUAUUUAUUGCGAUUCCGCAAUCUUUUAAAUCAAUUUUUAGUUGACAUGUACGCAAAAAUUGAGACUGAAAGACUUAACUAUAUUCGUAACAACCAAAAAAAACUGAGAAGUGAGGAAUACGUUCACUUGAAAGAUGCUUUGUCAAAAAAUGAUGAACAAUUAUCAACAAUGGGAAAAAUGGUUGUGUUGCCUUCUUCUUUUACUGGAGGACCCCGUUACAUGCAUGAGCGAACUCAAGAUGCAAUGACCUAUGUACGUCAUUAUGGACGGCCAGAUUUAUUUAUAACAUUCACCUGCAAUCCUAAGUGGCCGGAAAUAACGCAGCUUUUGAGUGAAGGUCAACAGUCUUAUGAUAGACAUGACAUCGUAGCGAGGGUUUUCAAUGUGAAAGAGGUGAAACAUAUGAUAAAACUUCUUACAGUAGGUCGUAUCUUUGGUGACACAAGGUGUCACAUGUACACCAUAGAAUGGCAAAAACGUGGACUCCCUCAUGUUCAUAUUCUAUUAUGGUUAGAAGAGAAAAUGAGACCAGAGUCUAUUGACCAAAUUAUCUGCGCUGAGUUACCUGAUCCAGACAUAAAUCCAGAUCUUUAUCAAAUUAUCAAGACAACCAUGGUUCACGGUCCAUGUGGAUCUUUCAACUUAAAAUCACCCUGUAUGGUUGAUGGUAAGUGCACAAAAAAUUUCCCAAAGGAAUUUUUAAAAGAAACUCAAACAGGAGAUGACGGAUAUCCCAAGUAUCGUAGACGAUCACCAGCAGACAGAGGAAAAACUUUCAAACUUAACGGAGUUGAAAUCGACAACCGAUGGAUAGUGCCGUAUAAUCCCGUUCUAUCCCAUACCUUCGGGACUCAUGUUAAUGUUAAGAGUUGUAACUCCGUAAAAGCCAUAAAAUACAUCUGUAAUUAUUUAAAUAAAGGAUCUGACCAAGCAUCGUUUACCGUUCAGGAUUUUGAUGAGGUGACGAAGUACCAGGCGGGACGUUACAUCAGUAGCUCUGAAGCAGUCUGGCGAAUAUUUCGUUUUCCUAUUCAUGACAGGUUUCCUUCGGUGAUGCAUCUUACUGUACAUCUUGAAAAUGGUCAAAGAAUUUAUUUUACUGAGCAAGAUGUGAUUGACAAAGUAAUUAAUCCAAAAAAAACAACACUAAUGGCUUUUUUUGAGCUUUGCCAAGUUGAUGACUUUGCAAAAACUCUUUUGUAUGUUGAAGUUCCAGCUUAUUACGUAUGGAAAAAUAACCGCUUUGAUAGAAGAAAAAAAGGUAAGGUUGUUUCAGGUUAUUUAGGAGUCAAGAAAGAUCAAGUUUUAGGUAGAGUUUAUACCGUGCAUCCCGGAAAUACUGAAUGUUAUCACCUGCGUCUUCUCCUACAUGAGAUUCGAGGUCCUACAUCAUUUUCUGCUUUGAAAACUGUUGAUGGAGUGAUUCAUCCAACAUUUCAAGCAGCAUGUAGAGCACUUGGUCUUCUAGAAGAUUACGCUAAUUGGUAUCGCACUCUGGAUGAAGCUUGCAUCUCUGAUUCGCCCUACAAGAUCCGUGAGCUGUUUGCCAUUAUGUUAGUUUUUUGUCAUGUUGACGACCCAUCGAAAUUAUGGGAGAAAUAUCGAGAUUAUUUUUCAGAAGAUAUUAAGAGAGAGGUAGAACGAGACGGUGGAAAUGUUGAGCUGUUACUUGACGUUAUUUACAACAAAUGUCUCAUACUACUUAAAGAUAUUAUUAUAUCAAUGUCUGGAAAAACACUUCUUCAGUUCGGCCUCCACUCUCCAACCCGAGAUGAAAGGUUUAUUGUCACUAAUCGUCAAUAUUUGCGUGAAUUGGCUUACGACACCGUCUAUUUAACUAAAGUUGUAGCUGAAAAUGUUCCUAAACUAAAUCUAGAACAGAGAAAAGUUUACAAUGAAAUUUUAAAUUCGAUUAUAUCUGAUUCUGGGCAGUUGUAUUUUCUUGAUGCUCCAGGUGGUACUGGAAAAACGUUUUUAAUCAAUUUACUGCUUGCGAAAAUCAGGAGUGAAAAAAACAUCGCUAUAGCCGUUGCUUCUUCAGGAAUUGCUGUGACUUUGAUAGACGGAGGUAAAACAGCUCACUCUGCCUUUAAAUUACCUCUCAAUUUAGGUUAUUCUGAGUCUCCACUUUGUAACAUCUCUAAACAGAGUGAUAUGGCUCAUGUGCUGCGAGAAACAAAAAUUAUUAUCUGGGACGAAUGCACUAUGGCUCACAAAAAUGGUAUUGAAGCUCUAAACAGAUUGCUCAAAGAUAUUAGAGGUUGCGACCGAAUUAUGGGAGGAGUAAUUGUUCUCUUGGCCGGUGAUUUUAGACAAACUUUGCCUGUUGUGCCACGAGGAACACGUGCAGAUGAAGUUAAAGCCUGUGAUGGCCAAAUUCCGGAAGAAGACGGAAGAAUAAACGUGUCCUAUAUUAAUUGUGAAACUGUCCCAGAUUUAAUCACCUUGACUGACAAAAUAUACCCGAAUAUUGACAAAGCUGGCGAUAAUUGUAGUUCAUGGUUAAAGGAGAGAGCCAUCCUCACACCAACCAAUGAACAAGUCAAUUGUAUUAACAACUUUUUGCUGGAGAAACUGCCAACUGAGCAAGUAAGAUAUGAAUCGGUGGAUAAAGUACUGGAGGAUGAAGAAGCUGUCCACUAUCCUGUUGAAUUCUUACACACACUCAAUCCACCAGGGAUACCACCUCAUGUUCUUCAACUCAAGAUUGGCACUCCAAUAAUGUUGCUCCGCAAUUUAAAUCCGCCAAAAUUAUGUAAUGGUACCAGGCUUCAAGUCAAGGUCUUACACAAAAAUGUCAUUGAAGCCAUGAUUUUCACCGGAAAAUAUGAAGGAGAAACUGUAUUCAUUCCAAGGAUCCCUCUGAUUCCAUCAGAUUACCACUUCGAAUUUAAACGUCUGCAAUUUCCUGUCAAAGUUUGUUAUGCCAUGACGAUUAACAAGGCACAAGGGCAGAGUUUAAAGAUGACUGGUAUUGAUUUAAGAAAUGACUGUUUCUCUCAUGGCCAACUAUACGUGGCAUGCUCAAGAGUAAGUUCACCUGACAGCUUGGUCAUUCUUCAACCAAUAGGAAAAACAAAGAAUCUUGUAUAUAAAGAAGUUUUAAGUAUUUAA